CACCGUUCGCCGUUCAGUGUCAUAACGAUGUCGGUCGCUGCUUGUCUGUUUGCGGUACCGUUGCUGUUCGCGGCGAUAGUCACGUCCGUGGCAGGGCUUGCCGACUGGCAGCACAUCUCGUCGUCAUUCAAGCAGCAGACGGACUACGACCACGUGUGCUACCGGACCGUCCAAACACCGUACGUGUACUUCGGCACGAAGACCACUUACGGCGCGGUGGCUGGCAACGACUUAAAGACUCCGCCAGACUGCCAGCCGAUGCAAGUGUGGAUGGUAUCCAGGCAUGGUACACGUUAUCCAUCGAAAAAAAAAAUCGAGGAACUUAAAAAGUUGAAUGAGCUUAAGACAAUGAUAACAGCCGAAUCAAUAAUGUGCCCAGAGGAUAUCGUGGCCAUCAAGAACUGGAAUAUCAAUCUGACUAAAGAUGACCAUUACAUGCUGCAGAGACAAGGUGUAGAGGAACUUAGGUCACUGGCCAUGCGGCUCAAAAGACAAUUCCCGCAAAUAUUCAAUAACCCAUACACUGAAGCCAACUUCAAAUUUCUGACUUCGCAAAAACAACGCGCCAAAGACAGCGCUACCGUAUUUUAUCAAACAGUGUUUAACAAAAACCCUGAAAAUGAAUUACCGAUUGUUCAAAAAUCCGAUGACAGGUUCUACCUGUACAAGUGCAAGCCGGGCGAAGACGACGACGACGACACAAAGGGACAAGGAGAAGUAAAAAAGUUCGAGGACGGCCCACUUGUGCAGUCCGUUGUGUCCAGCGUAUCUAUGGCGAUGGGCCUUAAACAAAACCUCAGUUAUGAAAACAUUUCACUGAUGUUGGAAUCUUGCAAGUAUGAGAAAGCUUGGUAUAUACAGUCGCGACCAGCAUGGUGUGCUGUAUUCACACAGAAAGAUUUAGAAAUCCUUGAAUAUGUAGAAGAUCUCAAAUAUUACUAUUCAAAUGGGUAUGGAAAUCCCAUAGGAGAGAGUAUGGGAUGCCCUAUUGUGAAGGACUUGAUAGACAAUUUCAAAAAUCUUGCUAGAGGGAAACGUGGACCAUUGGGAAUAUUUUACUUUGGACACUCACCUAACGUUUUGAGCGUGGUGGCCAGGUUGGGUAUUGGAAAAGAAAAUAUUACGUUACUGAGUACAAAUUUUGAACAGAUGAAAAAUAGAAAAUGGAGAACAUCGUUCAUAGAUCCGUUUGCAUCAAAUGUAAUCGCAGUGUUCUACAAAUGUAGAGAUGGAAAUAAAGCCAUGAUUUUACUCAAUGAACACGGUAUACCGAUGGAUAAAGAUGACUGUCGAUUAUGUCAGUGGGAACCAAUCGAAGCAAAAUUCAAUGAAAUAACCUCUAAUAAUCAAACAUGCAAUUUAAAUAUGUGUGAAAACUCAGCAACGUUAUCCUCAAUAAAUUUAGUUAUAAUUAUACUUGCAUAUGUAGUACACGUGCUAUGUAUUUAAAAAUAAUUAACUCAUCUUAUA